AUGCCGGGUUGUUUUUUACGCUCAGCGCCGAUGCUUGGGCCAGCGCUUGAAACGCCCAGGACUUUUACAAGUUUGGCGCUGGUAUGCCAGAGCAAACCAUACUGGGUCAUGGUUCGCAGAUUCUGCAUUCCUGGCUCCUGGGCCUGGCAAAUCAUGUUGAACGGCUUCUGCCCUCGAGACGCCGCCAUCAAAGUCUCUGGUCUGACGUUCUCUGGGCCCCUGUGCUCUGCUGCAGAAGUGGAUCUGGAGAAUUGCCCCGAGUAUGCUGACCUGUGUGGCAAAUGGGGCAGGUGCACGACGUGGAUGUGUAUGAACAGCAUCCUGUGUCAGCUACUGCCAUUUGAUCUACGCACCUUCAAUGCAGCUGCCACGAUUCAAGGCUCGUCAGCAACCUGGACUUGGCACUGUAGACUCCCGCAACGCCCUGCAGCUUCAAGCGCAACAUGGUCCAACCUGCACUCUCAAUUCCUGAGUAGCUGUGAGCUUUCGCCAGCAGAUCCCUCAUAUCCCUCAAGACCAAAGCAAGAUCUCGGGGUAUCCUCACUACAUGUACAGGCGGUGGCUGCUGAAAUGCCUAGCAGAAACUGCGCAAAACCUUUGAAAAACACGAGAAAACUCUUGAACUUUGCAUGCCUCGUAGCUUGA